AUGCCACUAGUUAAACCCCAGGUGGCGCCUUCGCGCCAGUUCUUCACACUGGCGUUCACGGCCGCAUCUCAGCUUUACAAGAGCACGUCUCUAGCGGAUCAGCUGGAGCGCGGCGAAAUCCACCGAGGUCCAAACCAUGACGAACUAUUGGCCAGGAAGAAGGCCCCACUGUUUGUCCGGCCUGAGCCCAAUUAUCCACAGCAUGUGCCAUUGUACGGGUUUGAAAAAGCUCUGCUAUUUGCUGGAUCUGCAAUUGGCGCCUUUUUUCACCCCGAGAGAAACGAAUUCAUUGUUGCUCUUGGAGAGUCUACUGCAUUCCCAUACUUUCUCAAGCAGCUCAAAGUGCAAAUGCUGAACGAUCCAGUUGGCCGUCAAAUUCUCAAAGAACGCCCCUACAUAACCUCCGAGUCCUUGAAUCUGGCCAAGCUCAAGCAGUAUCCGGAUAAUACACUGGCAAGAGCCUAUGUUGACUGGCUUGAGAAGGAAGGGGUGUCCCCAGACACCAGAGAACCUGUCCGAUUUAUCGAUGACGAGGAACUAGCAUUCAUUUUCCAGAGGUACCGCCAAUGCCACGAUUUCUACCAUGCAAUUACAGGACUGCCUAUUGUCAGAGAAGGAGAGAUUGCAUUGAAAUUAUUUGAAUUCCUCAACCUCAAGAUCCCGUUUGCAGGAUUGGGUGCUCUUUUUGCCCCAAUUCCAAUCAAAAGAGCCCAGCGAAGCCGCCUGUUCAACAUAUACUACCCCUGGGCCCUGAAAAACAGUUUCACCUGUAAACCUCUCAUCAACGUCUAUUGGGAAAAGAUUUUGGACCGCGAUGUGGACCAACUUAGAAACGAGCUCGGCAUAGAGAAACCACCCGACAUGAGACAAUUAAGAAAAGCUAAAAUCACUACGUUAUAA